GGUUUAGCGUGAAGCGCAUACACCAGUCUAGUGGACGUUUUUCUGCUCGGUCUACUGAGCCCAGAGCGCCUCGACCCCGACGCUAGUAUACGUUUAUUUUUGCGUGGCUCCGCGCUUAGCUGUUUUUGCAAAUGACAAUUGUGGCGUUCAGUGUCUUUUCUAUUGAAGCAGCUGGCUACCGUUGAGCGACCAUCGGGCGCCUGAUACACGUACAGUGUUCGUUUUUGUACUGCUACGAAUGAGAAUGUACUGACACUGAACAGGUACACGUUGACUAAGCAGGAGAACAGGGGAAAAAGCCAUGAAACCAUACCAAAUAUUUGGAAGAACGUGCGGACCGGAGGUUUUCUUCUUGCUUGGAUUUUCAGUGUGCCUUUCAUUAAUGUACAUUAUCUCUAUAUAUAAUAGGCCUAUUGCUUCAGUUGAACCGACAUUGAAUAUACGUGACCAGCCCGAUGCACCUAACCAAAGCAAGGUUUUUAAAUGGACAGGAAAAGGAUGGCAGAGGUUAAUCAAUUUCUGCACUUGGUCUGACUUCCAUGACUGCAGUAUGUUGAAAACGCCCAAUGGGGACACGCCUAUUUUCCACCAUGACCCCAAACACGACUACACUUCCGGCAUACUGAUGAAUUCUGGGAUGAAAGAACCGCAGACGAUCAGAUCAAUUCUCGACUACCUCGCACACGACCACAGCAUCACGUUUCUUGACGUGGGCGCACACGUGGGCUCCAUAGGUCUCCAGAUGGCUAAAGUCGGCUACACAGUCGUCACCGUCGACCCGUUGCCGGAAAACGUCGGCAGACUGUGCAAGUCGGUGGAAAGGGGACGAUUCGUGGACAGUGUCACUAUUCUCUUCUCGCCAGUAUCCGACGCCCACAAAACCGUGGCCUUCAAACGCAAGUGGAACAUUGGUGAAACUAAAGUUGAACUGGUGUCGACAGAACACACAGAGUAUAAGACUGCAACGCCUUCAUGCGAGUUGUCUCCAUUGCUUUCAAGUACAGCGACUCUGGAUAACGUUUUGCCCUUUAUAAAAUCGCACAAAGUGUUCGUGAAAAUCGAUGUUGAAUCUCACGAAUAUUUUGUUAUUAAAGGUGCGGAGGAGUUUUUCAGACAAAAAGAGGUUGUGGGAAUCUUCAUGGAAUGGAUUCACGUGAAGAAAACACCGGAAGCAGUAACAUUAAUAUCCUUAUUAAAUAACUAUGGCUUCAAAGCAUAUGAACUGAAUACCAUGGUCGAGGCACUUAUAAAUGAAGAUUAUAAGAACUGGCCUAUGGACGUUAUUUGGAAACGACCUUAAAAAUUAAUAUUCAGUGAUUUGCUUAAUACUUCUGUAUUUUAAAUAUGUUUCUUAUUGUAACAUAAUAUUCCAAUGAUUGUAAUACUUUAAACAAACACACACCAUAAUCAUUAAUAUUAGCCUGUCAUAUAUGGGUUCUUUUCAUGGCACAUUACAUGGACAUAUUCAAGAAUGCUUAACCCGUUUUGCUAUUUUGAGAUGACCAUAAGCCAGCUAUUUUUCAAGAAUCGACAUUGUUUUACUGCCCCAGAUGAUUCAAAGUUCCCUGUCCUUGACACUAUCAUAUAGUGCCUGUAGUUUUUGCAACAAAUCACCUGAAACCAUACAACACCUUUUAUUUGAAUGUAGUUUAGUACAUUCUCUGUGGGAAGCAAUAGAAUAAUGGAUAAGAAAUGAAACUGGAAUUAAUAUUACUCUAAGCAGAGAUAUAGUUAUGUUAGUCAUGAUUAACAACAAAAAAAGGUACUUUUGUAAAUUGGCUGACUAUCAACAUAAAAUAUUAUAUUUACAGUGUGAAAAUACAAAAAAAGAAAUUUACAUGUCAGUGCCUCGAAAAAUAUUCUACAUUGCAACUAUGAAGCAUUUCAUAAGGAAUGGACACCCUAUAAAAGACUUUGAAAGAAUGUUUUAAUACUUAACGACAGGCGUGCGCUACAACAGCUUGUUCUGAAUGUGCACGUUGUUCUGGGGGUAAUAAAUAUUUAAAAACAAAAAAUCCAUAAAAAAUAUAUAUGUUUGCUGUUGAGUUCAUUGCGUCCUCCUCGGUAAAGUGAUUCAAGCCAUAUUUAAUAUGAAAGCAUAAAAUCUACUUUUCUGACUAGGUACAAUAGUAUAGUGCAUAUGUGGCGUAAAAUAAAUAACAGAAGAUAUAUAGAAAUUAGAAUUAACGAUCUAAGUACACGUUUGAAAAAAAAAAUAGGCCCGCGAAGCUUGUUAUUUUGGUGACACCGUGCAUAGAUUUCAAUGAAAACAUUAGAAUAUACUUUGAUCUUUGUGGAAACAGUGUUCUUUUUAAUGAUGUCAUGUGAUAAAUUUCGAUUCGUAGGUAACAUCAUGUAUAUGUAGGUAAGAUUGUAUAUUCGUAGUUAACUGUAAUUCAUUUGUACACAUGCACAAUGCCCUGAAUUGUUGUAUACUUUAAUGUAACAUAAAUCAAUGUAGCACCACUAUAUUACACGUGAUUUACAUGGGUGUAGCAGUAAUGUUUUCACAAUCUGUGUCUAUAUUAGACGUGAUUUACAUGGGUUUAGCAGUAAAGUUUUCAAAAUCUGUGUCUUAAUAGUGUGUAUUUGUAGGUAAUUAGAUUCCUUACUAUAAACUCUGCUUUAGUCCUUACCAAUACAUAGAGGCUAUUUAAAAAAAAAAUUCGAAUACGAUUUUUAUUGCAACUCGUGAUGUGUGAUCUAUUUAUUAUAUACAUCUUUCCUAAUUUUUUACAAUA